CCACAUUGCCUGUGGCAAGAAGAAAGGGGAGGAUUCCAAAUUCAGGAACAAUGUUCUUUAUGUACCCAACUAUGGUUUGGGACAGAACCUACUGAUCUACCUCAGCCAGAAGGUAAAAUGCUGAGCCUUGAAAUAGUUCUUGCUCAUGACCUGCCCCGGUACAGAGGCUCCACAGCUCCUGGAGGUAAGGAGGAAGAGACACCAGCCAAAUAAUAUCAACACCUCCAACUCCAGCAUCUUCAGAGCUGCAACAAGAAGAAACAAAAAUCUCCCUGACGAUGUAUACUCAGACACAUGUGGCCAGCAAGAAGCUCUGGGCACCCCUACUCAUGCUCACCCUCUGUACAACACUGCUGCCCGUGCUGGGAGAAAUGGAGAAAAGACACAACCGGCCUGCCUUCCCAGGAUCUCCCCUUGGAAAAUCUGACGCCUUUGUAUGCACAGAGAUUCAAGAAAUCCCCAAGCUAAGGGGUGAGCUAUUAGUUGAGGAGUGCUGGGGAUAUAUAGAGGCCAAGGAAUGCACUAACAGGUGUUCUAGGAACUUUAGGUGCAUAAACAGAAAUCACACCUGCUGUUGGACCGACUGCGGAAACAUCUGCCGGGACCAUAAGAAAGUGUUUGCACAACUGCUGGAACCCUAGCCCAACACCUGUGUGAGCUGGGAGGUGUGUAAGAUGCCUCAGAGCAGUAGUGCAUGGCUACUUUUAGGAAUGCAAACUUAUUCUUACUGAGGGCUGAGCAGGAGCAAAUCCUAGGCAAAUAAACUAGACUAAC